UGGCGCGCUACUCGGUGUGGGCCGCAGUAUUUCUCGCUCUACUUGCUCUUGUCAAAGGUGGUAACUAUGACUACUGCGAGGUGCUGCGCAAGUCGCUGCUCUUCUACGAGGCGCAGCGGUGUGGUGGCGAUGGGACUCGGCCGUGAACGACCGCGGCAACAACGGCGAGGAUCUGGAAGGCGGAUAUUACGACGCUCCCAUCAAGCUGACGACCGGCGCUUUGGUUAG